GCUGCUGCCCCCGGCCCCCGGGGACCCCCCGGCGCUGGGCCUGCGGGAGCCGCCGAGGCGGAGACGCUCCCCGGACGGGACGGGCGCCAGGCGGCCCCGGGGGCGACCGGGCGGCAGCAGCAGCAGCAGCAGCAGGGCCUCGCCGGGGCUGGAGGAGCCGAGCCGCCGGGAGCCUCCGGUGGAGCCGGGCGGACGGAGCCCGCUGGAGCUGGAGGAGCCGGGCAGCAGGGAGCCGUCCCCGGUGUGCCUGGAGCUGGGCGAGCCCGGGGCGGCGGCGCGGUGCCGGCGGGGCGGGGGGCCCCCCGGGCGGGGCCCCGCGGGGCUGUCGGUGAAGAUGGCUUUCCGCCGCGCCUACUCCAUCAAGGACAAGCUGCAGGCCAUCGAGCGGGUGAAGAAGGGCGAGCGGCAGGCCUCGGUGUGCCGGGACUUCGGGGUGCCCGGCGGCACGCUGCGCGGCUGGCUCAAGGACGAGCACAAGCUGCGCUGGUUCCUGGACCAGCUGGGCGGCGAGGUGGGCACCCAGCGCAAGAAGAUGCGCCUGGCCAACGAGGAGGAGAUCGACCGGGCCGUCUACACCUGGUUCCUCACCCUGCGGCAGCACGGCGUGCCGCUCUCCGGGCCCAUCAUCCAAGCCCAGGCCGAGGCCUUCGCCCGCCAGAUCUACGGGCCCGAGUGCACCUUCAAAGCCAGCCAUGGCUGGUUCUGGCGCUGGCAGAAACGGCACGGCAUCUCCAGCCAGCGCAUCUAUGGCGAAGGCGGUGGAGGGGGGGACCCCGCCGCUCCAGGGACCCCGCCGCUCAAGGCUGAGCUGGAGCCCGGGGCCCCCUCUUCCACCUUUCCGGACCCUUCGCUGCUCCUGCCCCCGCCGCCUCCUCCUCCAGCCGCUGCGGCUCCUUCGGACGGGGGAGGCUACGGGGACGAGCAGAUCUACAAUGCCAAUGUAACUGGACUCUACUGGAAGCUGCUGCCAGGCCAGGCUGGAGAGCUGCGGGCCCAUUCCCCCCGCCUGCAGGCUCCCCCCCGUCGGAGGCUGGUGGUGAAGGAGCGCGUCACCGUGCUGCUGGCUGCCAACCUGACUGGCUCGCACAAGCUGAAACCGCUGGUGGUUGGGGGGCUCCCAGACCCACCCAGUCUCCGGCACCACAACCAGGACAAGUUCCCGGCCUGCUACCGCUACAGCCCCGAGGCCCGGCUCGGACCUGCCCUUCUCCGGGCCUGGUUCUUUGAAGACUUUGUGCCAGGAGUCAAGCGUUAUCUGCGCCGCAGCUGCCUCCAGCAGAAGGCGGUGCUGCUUCUCAGCAGCCCCCCGCCGCCCUCCGGUGCUGGCCCAGAGGAGCCACCCCAACUGCAGACCCCAGAUGGCUCCAUCCGAGCCCUCUUCCUCUCCAAGGCUGCAGCAGGGGGCAGCUCAGCUGCAGGGGGAGGCCGUAUCCCCGCCCCGCUGGAGCAAGGCGUGGUGUCCGCCUUCAAGCAGCUCUACAAGCGGGAGCUGCUGCGAUUGGCCGUGUCCUGCGUGGCCAGUGGGGGAGGCGGCCCCACUGGGGGGCCCAGCCCAGCCGGCGGUGGGAGUGGCCCCCUGGACUUUGUGCGCUCUUUCCUGCUCAAGGACAUGCUGUACCUCGCUGGCCUCUCCUGGGACCUCAUCCCUGCUGGCUCCAUCGAAAAGUGCUGGCUGCUCGGGCUGCGUGCUGCUUUUGAGCCCCAGCCUGGGGAAGAGGAACAGGGGGAACCACUGGGUGGGGAUGGAGGUGGUGGGGACAGCAAGGUCUUCAGCGAUCUCACCCAUCUGGCUGCCCUGGCCUAUAAACGCCUAGCACCCGAGGAGGUGGCCGACUGGCUGCACCUGGACGAUGCGGCACCAGGCAUGGAGGGGGAGGAUGGGGAAGGGGAUGGUGGAGAUGAAGGACCUGGAGGCUGUGGCGGGGAUGAGGAUGAGGAGGCAGCAGGGGUGGAUGCAGGCAGUGGGGGAGGCAGUGGAGUGGAAGAGGGAGGGGAGCCCCCAGUGCCCACGGCCCGGGAAGCCAUCAGGGGCUUGGAGACAGCACUACGCUGGCUGGAGAGCCAGGACCCCCGGCAGGUGGGACCACUCAAGUUGGUGCAGCUCCGCUCCCUCAUUAGUAUGGCCCAGCGGCUGCACCAAGGGGGUAGCUCAGACUCAUAGGGGGUGCGAAGGGGACUGGAGCUGGUCAGCCGCCUACUGCUGCACCUUUGGGGGUGUAGCCCCACCAGACUCCCAUGGGAUGGAUGGGGACUAACCCCACUCUGCAAUGGGACUGGCAAUGGGGAAUCCAACCCCCCCACCCAUCAUUGCUAGGGAGUGGGGUCUAAUACCUCGUGGGGUUCAGAUGUCCCUCCCCCUGGGGCUACCCCCCUGUCACUGAGGGGUACGCCUACUUCCUGGGGCUAAUAAGGGGGGAUAACCCACUGUAAAAUGCCAUCACUGAGGGCUAUUCCUCACUCUAAAUAUCAUUGGGAGGUGCUAUUCCCUACUCAUGGAACAUAGGGGGAUAAUUCCGAGCAACAUCACUGGAGGGCUAAUCCUUACCCCUGACAUCAGCAGAUCCCCCAACCCAUGGGGCAGAGGCAGGGGGACCAAUCUCCGUAUCCAGUGUCGCUGCAAGGAAGGGGCUUACCGCCAUUUUCCUGGGAUUGAGGGGAGACUAACCAACGUCCCUGAGAAGGGCUGAGGCGGGGGACUGGCCAUCAGUGGGUCAGAGAAGGCACGCUGCCCCCUAGCUUGACUGAGAGGAGGGGAUUCUCCCUCACAGGAGUGGGACUAAUGAAGAUGGCGGCAGUAAGAAUCCUGCUGUGAGGGGAAGGGGGCCUGCAUGGCUACACACGCCAAGAGAGGCUCUUCCUUCUCAAGUUGUAAAGAGGAAAACAAAUGCUGGGCAAGGAAUGAAGCUAAACGGAUAGCUUGGCUGCAGUCUCCCACGCAAAGUUCUGUGGAGGUGAAUCCAGGUGGCAGCAGCAGCCUCACUGUCCAGACCCAAAUCAUCAAUGGACUGUAGCUGCUACCAGGAUGUAAACUGGCAGCCACGUGCUUGGGUAUCUUUUUGUAAGAACUAAUGUUACACCCUGGCGAGGGCUGGUCAUUCAUACCCUUCCCAUUUGCUAACUGGUUGCUUGUUAAGCUAGGGUGGGUUUAAAACUGGGGUGGGUUUUACAUGCACUGGAUUAGAACCGGUACGCUCUGGGCUGGGGGUACUCUUAAUAAGCUACAGGCCACCCCGAGAGCUGGUGAGCUAAUGUAACCUCCACGGUUACUUUCUGUGCACAAGGGAUGCUAUAGCUCUUAAACCAUGGAUACUUCAGUCUCUUUAAAAAUUAAAAUACCGUUUUUUGCAAUCAUAGCAAAAUAGUUAAGCCUGGUGGCUAGGAAGAGAACGAAAUUCCCUUCAGCGGUGGGACAUUCUGCAGGCAGCAGAUUCUUGGUUUUGCCUCUAUAGAGGCUGUUAUAGUGAGGCAGCUUGUUACAUGUCCUGCAGCUGGAGUGAGGCAGGAAUUGGAGGGGCCCACAACAUUUAUAUUAAAAAAUAGAGGCAUGAGAUUCUAAUUGGAAUCUUUUUUUUAUUUUUUGGCCUGGUUUUAAAAAAAAAUACUUUUAGUCUGGCUAGUUAGCAAAAAUAAAAAAGUUAGUUGAACAGUCCUGCAUUGUGGCAGGUGGGGAUGGAUACUUAGCCAUCUUUUCCAUCUCAUAACAUAACUAUGAAGAUCUAAUCAAUUUCUGUUCCACUGGGGGAGGGGGGGUUGGUAAAUCGUCCCCUUAGCAGGAUGUAUAGUGAAGCAAAAUAGAUUUUAAUGUGACUUGUCUUCAAAUGAUGUGGCAAUUAAGCUUUUGAUUUAACCCUUGAAAUUGCAUUAACUGUACAUGAUUCUCCUAAAUUUGUUUCAAUAGGCAAAGUCAUCCAGUUACCUGUUUAAAAACAAAAACAAAAAAAACCACUGGCUGCUCUGAAAAAUAAUCUCUUGAAUUGUAGUUCAACUCUUGCUUCUGAGCCCAUGAACUAAUACUGAGACUUGUUUACAAAAUAAAAUCUCAUAGCUUGAGACCAAGAAGAGUGAAUAAAUUGAUACCGUUGCCUUAUAAUCCUGGUUUUCUCCAUUUGGAUAAUCAGCUCUGAACAGUGUCCUUUAAAACUGGAAUUCCAGCUUCUGCUUUGGAGUAGCUUUAUUAGGGACAGGUGAAGACUGCCUGCUAGCAAAUGAAAGACAGUUAAUUUAGGAAACAAUAGAGAGACAAAAACUAGCACAAAACUGACAGCAGGGUUCAUAUUACAAGGAAACUGUCUUUUCAAAAAUAUAAAGGUAAAUUCUACUACAGUAAAGUUAAACACUUAGAUUACUGGAGCCAUGUGCACUUUUAAAAAAUAUCUUUAUUUUUGCUGUUCAAUUUGCACUGUCUUCAGAGCCAGCAUAUGAAAAUAGUUUAAUCAAUUUCAGUUUUCUCACUGUCACAUACAAGCAUAUGGCAGUGUUUGAGUUGUGUACACCAUGGGAAAGUUUUAAGUUACACAAUUACACUGAUUUACUUACUUUAAUGAUUUAAAAAUCAUUUCUACUACGUUUUGUAAUUUUUUUUAACAAAACUUAAAUUUUCACCUUAAGCUACCUAUAUCACUUGAAAAUAGGUCAGCAAUUUGUAUAGUGCUGAAAGAUAUCCUUUAGUCAAACACUAGUCUGGCUCAAUACAGAGGUCAUGUGAAAUUAUAUGGCCUCUCUUGUACUGGAGGUCAGACUAGGUGAUCUAAUAGUCCCUUUUUGGCCUAAAAUGUCUGUGAAUCUCUACGAAGAUUUAAAAUGUCACUCUGUUGAUGAUGCAUGUGACAGAAUAGACGCCAGCUAUCAUGAGCUGCUUUAUAUGUAUAUGGCUAAGAGGUGUAGGAAUGUUUAUCGGAAAAGUGAUCUGUUAAAGGAUGAGCCAUUAACUACAAAAAUCAGGAUUAAACACGGCAAAAAAGUAAGUAGUACCUGGUUCAAAAAAAUAAUGUAAUUGGAACAGAUUUCCUUAAAUCAGUAAGGAUUUAACUUCAGUUUUUAUAAACAUUUUGCUAAAAGCUUGUUUUAAAAGUACUCCCCCUCAAUCUGAUGAGUGUCAUAAAGAGAACCAGGAAAAGAUUAUUAGGAAAAUACAAUGAAUGCUUGGGACUCAAAUGGACUGUUUGAAGGAACAAAACCGAUUUCCUUUGUUUCCACUACGGCAAAUGGAAAGGCCCCACCCUAAAAUUUUUUGUUGGUGGGAGCAAAGUGCAGCUCAGAGCUUGGCAAGAUGGAAUAUUACAUGCUGGGACAUGUAGUCUCUGGGUUGAGCCUCUUAAAAAUGACAGUGGCUGUAAAAUGUUUUUUAUGUAACUUAGGUUCAUCCCUCAGCCUUCCAGCAUGCUGCCAGCAUUAGUCCCAGUUGGGCAAAGGUUGGAUAGCACUGGGACAUAUCUGUUUGGAAACUAGGGGUGGCUAAAGCAGCAAGCUGAAAGGUGAAACAACCACCAGAGGAGCAGCGAAAUCCACUGGAGGAGAAGAUUCAAGAAGUUAGGAGUAAUCAACAGUGCCAUGGCUUUCAGAGGCUUGGGAUGAUGAGGAUGGAGUAAGUGUUGUGAUUUUGGUCUGGAAGAGAGCUCUGUCUCACUAGUGUGUAGAGGGUGGGAGCCAGAUGGAAAGUCAAGGGUCAAAUUGGAAGGUGAUGUCAGAUCUUAUUAAAGAAAUCUGGACGACCCCAUGUGAGAGGGGCAGGAGAGAGUCAGAAGUAGCAAAAUGAGCUGGGGCUACAGGUGUGAUGGAGGAGAAAUGAAAAUGCUGGUAGAAUUGAAGAGAGUAAAUUUGUAGUGGAGGAAAUCUGCAGUGUCGUGUGACUUACCCCAGAGAUGAUUAAUACCACCUGAACAAGAGUGGAGACAAUGGGUGUAGUGGUUUUUUUAGCUGCCAUGUGGCUCAGAUGAGACCUGAGAAGAUGCUGUCCCUGCCCCAGAGAUCCGACAAUCUAAUAUUUGCUGACAUGAAUGAAGGUGACAAAGAGGUGAUGAAGUAAGAGAGGUACAAGCUGUACCACCACACUGAUAAGCCAUGUGUGUAUGUUCACAAUUAGGGAGUACAGAAAAAUUAUUUGGAGCUCAUUUUAGCAUGUUGGUGAAGUCAUGUAAUUUCUAGAUAGGCAACAAUCAGGAAACUUUCUACUGUUUUUAAGAAACAUAAAUAAAUACUGGUAAACUUCA